UAAACGUGAGUUGACGUGAUGCUCUGCUAUCGAUUAGCUCUGUCUGUUCGAUGUGAUCGUGGAUUGACGCGUGCGCCUGACAAUUCAAAGUCUCGCGCCACAUUCUGUGUUGACGGUUCAGUUCAGCCCAUUGCUGCUUAUCAUUUUGUUUGUUUGUUUGUUUGUUUGUUUGUUUUGUUUUAUCUAACCGUUGCUAAUGGACACUCAGUCGUACAUGGCAGUUCCCCCGGGGGUCGGGAUGGAGGAGAACUACUUUUCUCUGGACGACAUUGUGCUGUCGCACGAGCGGCUUCCCUGUAGAACCGACACAAAGUUCCCCAAACUCGGGUUCCUGGAGAAAUCUGGAGAAACACACGACAUCCCGGAGGGUACUAAGUUGGAGAUGCCUCUAUGGUUGGCAAAGGGUCUGUAUGAGAGGAAGAGGCAUGUGAUCUCAGUGGACCUGCCUAAAGUCUACCGUGAGGGUUGGAGGACGGUGUUUGGUGCUGACGCCAAUGUGGUGGAUCUUCACAAGAUGGGUCCUUAUUACUAUGGCCUGGGUUCACAAAUGCUGCACUUUGAGAAUGCAGAGAACACAGAGCUCGCACAGUCUGUCCUACAGACGUUUAUCGGUCGUUUCCGACGCACCAUGGACUCAUCCCAAAACGCAUAUAACGAAGACACGUCUGCGCUUCUGGAGCGUUUGGACUGCCUGGAGAGGGCGUUGUUCCGCUCGGGCCAGAACGGCCUCAACGCCUUCCAGCUGUGGGAAAGAGGUAGAACGUCACAGCUCACCGCCUCCAGCCUGGUUACUAAUUAUCGCAAGAGGAAGAUCACUGAUUUGCAGUCCUGAGCAGCCGAGCACAUGUUGGAGCGAGAGACAGACAGACAGACAGACAGACAAGCUGAGCAGCAAAGAUCAGAGAAGGCAUGAUUUGUGUGUCCGUCUGUGUGUUUGUCUGUCUGUCUUUCUGUGUGUCUGUCUGUCUGUCUGUCUUUCCGUGUGUCUGUCUGGGUGUCUGUCUGUCUGUCUGUGUGUGAGGGAGAGAAUAUGAGUGUUAUCUUUAAUGUACUUGUGCAGUUUAAAUUACUUUUAAUAAAGUCUUUAUUGUUUUGUAGUGAUGGA